AUGAACACAGACUCUCUUACCCAAAACUCGUUUCUGCGCUUUGUAGUUUAUGAGGAAGACAUAUUCAGUGAUCCCAACUUCCUCGCUCACGCGACUUACCCCAUUAAAGGGAUCAAAUCAGGGUUUCGAUCUGUUCCUCUCAAGAAUGGGUACAGUGAGGACAUCGAGCUGGCUUCCCUUCUAGUUUUCUGUGAGAUGCGGCCGGUCCUGGAGAGCGAGGAAGAACUCUACUCCUCCUGUCGCCAGCUGCGGAGACGGCAAGAAGAGCUAAACAAUCAGCUAUUUCUGUAUGACACACAUCAGAACUUGCGCAGUGCCAACCGGGAUGCCCUGGUCAAAGAGUUCAACGUCAAUGAGAACCAGCUUCAGCUGUACCAGGAGAAGUGCAACCGAAGGUUGCGAGAGAAGAGAGUCAGCAACAGCAAGUUCUACUCUUAGAAGCCAGUGUACACAUAUAAGGGUGUGGUGUGUGCGUGUGUGUUACACAGAGGACUGUGCUCUGUUCAGUCCCCUGUAAGAGGCUACUGUGUGACAUCACCCUCUCCAAGUCUGCCAUCAAGAUGACAUCCGUGAAGAUGCCCCAAAGGGCACAAGUUGGGUUAACUUCCUGUUAAUAUUUGUACCUGGGACAAUUUCUUAACUUAUAUUCUUCAUAGAGGACCCCAAAAAUGUGUUCCUCGUGUUUGGCCUCUCAUGUUCCAAACAUCAUUGAAUAAAAACAACAGAAUUCUCUAUCAGUUAAG